AACACCUCCGAGUCUACAUGCAUCGUCCUUAUUGGAGACUUUAAUCUUCCAACAAUCGAUUGGUCUCUUGAUCAACCAACUCCCGCAACUAACGGUGGGCAACUCGAAGAGUCAUUCUGUGACUUAGUUGGUGAUACUUUCUUUCAACAGUUCGUCAGAAGUACAACCCACACUGGAGAAAACAUGCUUGAUCUUCUGCUAU